CGCUUCCGCCAAAUCACGUGAUGUGUAUGUCCUUGGUUUGCUAACUUUGGCAUGUGAGCCGGAAUCAUGUCUUUUCCUAAAAAACCUGGUGGUAAAGCGUUGGAUGUUUUGCAGAAUCUUCCGCGAAUUACAUUAGCGAAUUUACGGCCUGAGCCAGGAGCGAGAAAACGGGAGAGAAGACGGGGAAGAGGACAGCACGGGGGAAACAGAAGCGGACGAGGUCACAAAGGAGAGCGGCAGAGGGGGACCCGUCCUCGGUUGGGGUUUGAGGGAGGGCAGACCCCGUUUUAUCUAGCUAUACCUAAAUAUGGCUUUAAUGAAGGACACAGUCGACGUCCUCAAUACCAGCCUCUGUCACUGAAACGACUGCAGUACUUGAUCGAUCUGGGCCGUGUUGACCCGACCCAGCCCAUAGACCUGACCCAGCUCGUCAAUGCCAGAGGAGUGACGAUCCAGCCUCUGAAGAGGGACUAUGGAGUCCAGCUUGUUGAUGAGGGUUCUGAUAUUUUUGCAGCCAAAAUAAACAUAGAGGUUCAGAGAGCAUCUGAAGGAGCCAUCGCUGCUGUCGAACGAAACGGAGGCGUCAUCACCACCAGCUUCUAUGAUCCCAUAAGUAUUGAGAUUCUCAUCAGGCCCGUGCCAUUCUUCAUGCGUGGCCAACCCAUCCCGAAGCGAAUGCUACCCGGGGAGGACAUGGUUCCGUACUACACGAGCGCUGAAAACCGAGGUUACUUGGCCGAUCCAGACAAAAUCCAGCAGGCCCGGCUGGCCCUGGCGCAGAAGUACGGCUACGUGUUGCCAGAUAUUUCAAGGGACGAACUUUAUCACAUGUUGGCUAUGAGGAAGGAUGUUCGACAGGUCUUCUUUGGGCUCUCUCCAGGCUGGGUUGUUAACAUGGCAGAGAGGAAAAUUCUGAAACCAACUGAUGAAAAACUGCUGAAAUACUACACGUCAUAGGUUCUUUGUGUACAGUAUAUUAUUUUAUAUUGAAAAUAAUGCUGUGAUUUAAAUAAAGGGAAUCCUUUAAAGACUCAA